AUGGCCCUCCCAACCCCCGAAGCCAAAGACCGCAUCACCUGCCACGUCCUCGACACCACCCUGGGCCAACCCGCCCGCAAUAUGCGCGUCAAGCUCGAGCUCAUCUCCUUCUCCGGCAACCCCUCCUCCACCACCUCCACCUCCACCUCCUCCACCACCGCAGCAACAACCGAAGCCACAACCAGCGCAACCGCCUCCCCCGCCGGCCCCCCCCCAACCCCAGCCCCCAACCGCAUCUUCGAAUCCCAAACCGACGACGACGGCCGCAUUAAGGUAUGGCUUCCUUACUCGUCGGCGACUUCGUCGGGCGAAGUGCCCGUGUACACGCUCGAGGACGUGUUUGGCGGGUUGCCCCAUAGUGAGAACAAUAGCGGUAUUAGUCGGUGGACGCUGCGGUUUGAUAGCGCGGGGUAUUUUGGAGGGGUUGAUAAGACGUUUUAUCCGGAGGUGGAGGUGUCGUUUACGGUGCGAGAGGGGGAGCGGUAUCAUGUGCCGUUGUUGUUGGCGCCGUAUGCGUAUAGUACUUAUCGGGGGAGCUGA